AUACAGGAUACAGAGAGAGAUACUGGAGAGAGAAACAAAUCUGAGAAGGGAGGGAUCACAUUUUGAUGGGAAGGUACCUUUGCAUCUGGGCCUUAGAGAUAAAUGGGGUGAGUGAAAGGCAUACCAGCAGAGGGAAGACUGAGCCUAAAUACAAAGGCCAGGAGGGAAUGGGCUGAAUUAACUUCAUGGUAGGAUAUGUGGAUGGGAGUAAAAUGGAUUAAAGCUAAAUGGUAGAACUUGGUAUUAUUUCACUAUUAGAGACAUUCAACAAUGUGAUUUUAAAUUUGUAACUAAGUGGAAAAGGGAAAGUAUCAAGUUUCCAACUCUGAUUUUCUUUAGAUUCCUUAGACCAGUCUGGGUUUCUCAUGCACAGUUUUAUUGCCAUCUUAGACUAGAUAAUUCCUUGUUUGGGGAUGUUUAGAGGCAACCCAGGCCCUAAUCCAGGGCUGGGACUAGAGGGUGGUUAGGAAAGCAGGUGGGUCAUGGUAUUUAAGGAGGCACUUCAUGUAAGCUUUAGUCUUGCAUCUGGACAACCCUAAGAGUGGGUGACUGCUGCCUUAAAUGUUGAGCCCUAGGCACCUCCCUUGCCUGCCACAGUUCUGGCACUGACUCUGUCCUCUAGAAAGCAGUAGCACCCUCCCAGCUGUGACAGCCAAAGAAGUCUCCAAAUACUGCCGGCCGUCCCCUGGGAAACAAAACCUCCCAGGUUAGGAGCAUCUGCACUUUAACUGGAGUAACUCAGCAUAUUUCUUUUUCGUUUAUGAAAUGCCACGAGAAGCAGCCAGCAGUGUGAUGGAACUCAACUGCAAGGAGUCAUUCUUAAGAUGUGAUGCUUUCCUGUGAAAACUUAGACACGGGAAUCUUGGAAACUGAAGGACCUAGGACUCUGUGCCAAUAGGACUGCUCUAUAAUCCAGAGUCUGCUCUACCUCUCUUCAUUUGAAUCACCUUGAAAUAUCACACUUCAAGCAACAGUGACUGUGCUUAACAAUAUCACGGAUAAUCCAAAGAAAUCUGUUCAAGGGGGCAUCUGUCAAAGGUUUCUUGAAUUUCAAAUAGAGGAGUAGAAAUGCCACCACCGGCAGCAGGCUCUCCACCACCACACCCACCUCCUGAUGGAGGAUGGGGCUGGGUGGUGGUUGGAGCAUCUUUUAUCUCCAUUGGAUUUUCAUAUGCAUUUCCAAAAGCUGUCACAGUCUUCUUCAAAGAAAUUCAGCAAAUAUUCAACACAACCUACAGUGAAAUAGCAUGGAUAUCGUCGAUUAUGCUGGCUGUUAUGUACGCAGGAGGUCCCAUAAGUAGUGUUUUGGUGAAUAAAUAUGGUAGCCGGCCAGUGGUGAUGGUAGGAGGUUUAUUAUGCUGUUUGGGAAUGGUCACAGCUUCUUUUAGUACCAGUGUACUAGAGCUUUACCUCACUAUGGGAUUCAUUUGCGGUUUAGGUCUAGCCUUUAACCUGCAGCCCGCCUUGACAAUCAUUGGCAAAUACUUCUAUAAGAAACGACCUAUAGCGAUUGGCCUUGCCAUGGCAGGAAGUCCUGUUUUCUUAAGUACACUGGCUCCUUUCAAUCAGUUCCUCUUUAAUAGUUACGGCUGGAGAGGAAGCUUCCUGAUCUUGGGAGGUAUACUGUUGAAUGCCUGUGUGGCUGGGUCUCUUAUGAGACCUGUUGGACCCCAACUAACACCUAAGAAGUCUAAAACUAAGGAUGGUGUAAGAGCCACUGAACCACAUCUGAAGAAGAGACAUAAGAAGAAGUCAACAUGGGUGAAAAUUAAUAAAUAUUUAGAUUUCUCCCUUUUUAAGCAUAGGGGAUUUCUGAUAUACUUAUCUGGAAAUGUCAUUAUGUUUCUGGGGUUCUUUGCUCCCAUUAUAUUCUUGGCUCCAUAUGCUAAAGACGAAGGAAUUGAUGAGUAUUCUGCAGCUUUCUUGCUCUCUAUUAUGGCUUUUGUUGAUAUGUUUGCCAGGCCUACUGUAGGAUUUAUUGCAAAUUCCAGAUUAAUCCGACCCCGAAUUCAGUAUUUCUUCAGUUUUGCGAUUAUGUUCAAUGGAGUAUGUCAUCUCUUAUGCCCACUGGCUGACGACUACCCAAGCCUGGUGGUAUAUGCUAUAUUUUUUGGCCUUGGAUUUGGGAGUGUUAGCAGUGUCCUCUUCGAAACUCUCAUGGACCUCGUUGGUGCUCAGAGAUUUUCCAGUGCUGUGGGACUCGUCACAAUUGUGGAGUGUUGCCCAGUUCUUCUUGGUCCUCCUCUUGCUGGUACCUUGGUGGAUAAAACCGGACAAUAUAAAUACAUGUAUCUGGCCUGUGGAGCUAUUGUGGUCAUAUCCAGUGUGUGGCUACUCAUUGGCAAUGCUAUCAACUACAGACUGCUUGCAAAGGAAAAGAAGAAAGAGGCAAAGAAGAAUAUACAUAAGCCUGAGUCCCAAGAAUCUGAAUCCUUGAAGACAGCUAAAAGUCAUGAUGUUAGUGUCAAAAGUUUCAAAAGUCUCAAAAGUAUGAAAAGUCAUAAGUCAAAAGGAUCAGAGUUUAAUCCCUCAGAAAGAGAAACUAAUAUUUAACAAGAACCACAUCUCUGAUUUCAGUGUGUAUGACUUUCCUAGGAGUAUUUUUUUUCCAACACAUUGGAAGGCUUUUAGUUGAAAUGAAGAGUUAUAAUAAAGGAUGGAGAUGAGAUUUUCCUUAAUGGCAAAUUUUA